UUUUUUUCUAAACAAAGCAAAUACAUAAUUAUAUCUGCAUCCGUAAUCACUGACUCAACAAUUGAAAAUAUUUAUUUUAUAUUCAAACCGAUUAUUCAAUGGAACAGUGAACACUACCAAUAGUUAAGGAAAUUAUUGCAGCAUUUAUUGAUUUCUCUACUUUACAACAAUCAUAAACCUCAUAUGCGCGUUAAGUUUUAUACGUAUGUGCAUUAUUUUUAAGUUGCGAAUAAAUAGAGAAAAGUUAUCAUCGAACUUGAAUAAAUUUCCAUUGCUAAAGUUAAAUGGAGGAUCUAACACCCUUGACAAAUCUUCAACAGGUUUAGCUAAAUAAUAAACAAAGUUGAAUUGCAGAUCACUUCUUUUUAUUAUUGGAUUUUUUAUUUGGAUUGUUUCUCUUUAAAUAUCACCUAAAAAAAAAAUGACUGAAAGACAACCUUUGUUACAAACCGACCGUCUAGAAAUUGAAGGCCGUUCUAUACCACGACCUGACCUACGGAACUCCCCUGACAAUAUGUUAGUCAGUAUCCAAAGUGAAGAAUGUUUUGGAAACACUACUGAACAUGAAAAUAAGAAUGAAUAUAACCCUUCUAUGCAUCGUACCUUGGAUCAUCCAACUUCUAAUUUGGAUACAAUGAUACAUUUAUUGAAAGGUAACAUUGGCACUGGGAUAUUAGCUAUGCCAGAUGCCUUUAAGAAUGCCGGCUUAUACAUGGGCUUAUUUGGGACAUUAAUAAUGGGAGCAAUAUGCACCCAUUGCAUGCACAUGUUGGUACGAUGUUCUCAUGAAUUAUGCCGUAGAUUACAGCAUCCCUCCUUAAAUUUUUCUGAAGUUGGUUAUUGGGCUUUUGAAACAGGACCAGUUUCAUUAAGACGUUAUGGAAAUGUAGCAAGGAAAGUUAUAACGACAUUUCUCUUUAUUACUCAAAUGGGCUUUUGCUGUGUAUACUUCCUUUUUGUGGCUUUAAAUGUUAAGGAAGUCGUGGAUCAUUAUUUCAUAAAAUUGGAAGUACACGUUUAUUUAAUGUUAAUGCUUAUUCCAAUGAUCGUGUUAAAUUUGGUAAAAAAUCUUAAGUACUUGACUCCAGUUUCUUUAUUUGCCGCAAUAUUAACAGUGGCGGGUUUGGCUAUAACCUUUUUCUACAUGCUACAAGAUUUGCCUAACACGAACACGGUAAAACCAAUAGCGUCUUGGUCGACACUGCCGCUGUAUUUUGGAACAGCCAUAUACGCAUUUGAGGGUAUCGGCGUGGUAUUACCAUUGGAGAAUAAUAUGAAGACGCCAGAAGAUUUUGGAGGAACAACAGGUGUCCUUAAUACUGGAAUGGUCAUCGUAGCAUGCUUAUAUACAUCAGUAGGUUUCUUUGGAUACCUUAAGUAUGGGGACGACGUAAAAGGAAGCAUUACAUUAAAUUUACCUCAGGAUGACAUCCUAUCUCAAUUGGUGCGAAUAGCUAUGGCAGUAGCAAUUUUUCUUUCGUAUUCUUUGCAGUUUUAUGUGCCAGUUAACAUUGUGGAACCCUUUGUGGUGAGACAAUUUGAAACGCCUCGAGGCAAGGAAUUAGGAGCAACAACUCUCCGUAUAGUUUUGGUUACAUUUACUUUUAUUCUGGCUGCUUGCAUUCCAAAUUUAGGCCCAAUUAUUUCUCUUGUGGGUGCAAUAAGCAGUUCAGCAUUAGCUCUUAUUGCUCCACCAAUCAUGGAAAUAAUCACGUUUUGGCCUGUGGGUUUUGGUCGCUAUAAUUGGAUUAUGUGGAAAGAUAUUGGUAUUCUCAUCUUUGGACUGUGCGGAUUUACCUUCGGUACAUAUGCAAGUAUAGCACAAAUUUUAAAUCCAAGUAUUGUUUAAAAUAUCUCACGUUUAAAAAAAAAAAAAAUAUAUAUAUGAAUAACAAACUUUAAAAUAAUCACGAAUUUCAGUGUUCUAUUGAAAAAAUAUUUAAUUAUAUAUGUUUUUAUAUUCUAAUACAGUGGUGCUUAUAAAACUGUUUACUCAAGUUAUGUACGUACAUAGGUCUUAAUCAAAUUUGCAUUUAAUGUAGAUAAUUACUUUAGUAUUUAGAUUAUGUUUUUAUGUUAAGAUUACCAUAAAUAAAUAAAUAUUCUUCAAGUACGUA